CGCCUUUUCCUGCUCUACACGGCAACUGACAGAGGCGACUCCUACGUCUCCUAGCAACAAGAGAUCAACUUCCGGCCCAGCUCAGCGUGCGUGCCAGCCAGACAUUGACUGAAUCACGGCUCCACGGACAGAUAAGCAUCGGCUGUGCCCAGGGAGAUCAUGCCUACCAGAGCGAAACAGAGUGUGGCUCCAGUUCUGGCUCAGAAGCAAAGUGUUCCCAAACAGACCAAGGCCACUUCCAGGAGGAGGGAUGAAGAUGACUCCACAGACAUGGGCGAUGGAGCAGAUGAGUGGACACAGGCCAAGACCCUCGUUAAGCCACCAGACCAGCUAGAACUCACCGAGGCUGAACUGAAAGAAGAAUUUACUCGUAUCCUGACGGCUAAUAACCCUCACGCUCCGCAGAACAUUGUCAGAUACAGCUUCAAAGAGCGAGCUUACAAACCCAUCAAUAUUGUGGACCAGCUGGCCGUGCAUUUCUCCAUGGAUGGGAACAUGUUACACAAAGAUUCAGAUGAGGCCCGGAGACAGAGGGCGAGGACGGGCGUCAUUGAGGAGGCUGCGCCAGGUGACACCACUGAGACAGGAGACAAAGAGACGGACAAAGAAGGAAAAUCCGAGUUCCUGGCGGCAGUUGAAGAAGGGGGUGACAGCGCUGAGGUGGCCAGCAGAAGUAAGAAGGAGCGGAAGCUGACCAACCAGUUUAACUUCAGCGAGAGGUCGUCACAGACUUUCAACAACCCCCUGAGAGAAAGGGCUUCUCAGACAGAACCACCUCCCCGAGCAACCUUCUCUGCCACCGCAAGUCAGUGGGAUAUCUAUGAUGCGUACAUUGAGGAGCUACAGAAGCAGGAGAAGCUGAAAGAGAAGCAGAAGGCUCCGGUGUCUAAGAAGGAUGAAGAGUUUCACUCCCGGCCAAAGCUUCUCAUCUCCGAGUUUCAGAGUGAUGACAUCAGCAAGGUGGAGACGGCAAGUAAAAUCGUGGAGCGGAUGGUGAAUCAGAACACGUUUGAUGACAUUACACAAGAUUUCAAGUACUUUGAGGAUGUGGCCGAUGAGUUCAGAGAUCAGAAUGGAACUUUGCUGCCUCUGUGGAAGUUUCAGUAUGACAAAGCCAAACGUCUGGCAGUGACUGCCCUCUGCUGGAAUCCCAAAUACAAGGAUCUGUUUGCAGUCGGACAUGGUUCUUAUGACUUCCUGAAGCAGAGCCGCGGGAUGAUGCUGUUCUACACCCUGAAGAACCCCUCAUAUCCGGAGUAUUCCUACAACACAGAAAGUGGCAUCAUGUGCUUGGACAUUCACAAGGACCACCCGUACCUAGUAGCUGUGGGCUUCUAUGAUGGCAACGUGGCCAUCUACAACCUGAAGUCCAAUUCCCAUCAACCAAAGGUCAUAAGCUCGGCAAAGUCUGGCAAGCACACCGACCCCGUGUGGCAGGUGAAGUGGCAGAAAGACGACCUGGACAAGAACCUGAAUUUCUUCUCAGUGUCCUCCGAUGGUCGCGUGGUGUCCUGGACAAUCAUAAAGAAUGAGCUGGUUCACACCGACGUCAUCAGACUGACCGCGGAGGCAUCUACAGGAGAUGGAGUGGAGGGGCUCCUGCUGAAGACAAAUGGCAGCGGAACGUCCUUCGAUUUCCACAGACAGAUUGAUUAUUUGUUCCUGGUCGGGACAGAAGAGGGAAAGAUCCAUAAGUGCUCCAAGGCGUACUCCAGCCAGUUCCUGGACACGUUUGAUGCACACAGUAUGGCCGUGGAUGCCGUGCGCUGGAAUCCGUUCCAUCCCAAAGUCUUCAUCUCCUGCAGCUCAGACUGGACCGUGAAGAUCUGGGAACAUAACAUCAAGACACCUAUGUUUGUGUUUGAUCUGAACUCUGCAGUCGGAGACGUUGCCUGGGCCCCGUAUUCCUCCACCGUGUUUGCAGCUGUUACCACCGAUGGAAAGGUCCACGUCUAUGACUUGUCCGUCAAUAAGUAUGAAGCGCUCUGUCAGCAGGCCAUCGUGGCCAAAAAGAAAACCAAACUGACUCAUAUUGAGUUCAAUCCUGUCUACCCGGUAAUCAAUGUGGGAGAUGAUCGUGGACAUGUCACGUGCCUGAAGCUGUCUCCAAACCUGCGCAAAAUGCCAAAGGUACAUCCUGAGCUGCCUGUAAUAGCCAACUCCCAUCUGUGGUAGCGGACUCCCUAUCUG